AUGGACGGAUCGAUGGAGGUUGGUGCUUGCGUGUUGCAACUGGAGAGUGGUGUCGCGCGGGUGCAGGUGGAACAAGUAGGGAUUGAAGGUACACGGCGUGUCCGACCUGACAUUUGCAGUGAAGACGCUCGGAAUCGAAGUUGA